AAACCAAAGGGGAGUUACUCUUAUUGAAAGGCAACAUCUGGAAGAGUAAGGGCACGUGAUCAGAGAAGCAGACGGCUUAACCCUGUUAGAACUGAGCAUAAAUAGAGUUGCGUCUCACCACCCGUUUUAUCCUUUCAGCAUGGCCAAAGUUAAGAUCGGAAUAAUUGGAGGAUCUGGGCUAGACAACCCAUCGUUGCUGGAAAAUAGAAUGGAGAAGCUUGUGGACACACCGUAUGGGAAACCCUCAGAUGCACUAAUAAUAGGAACUAUCAGUGGUAUCGAUUGUGUAUUGCUGGCAAGGCAUGGUCGUAAACAUUCUAUCAGCCCUAGCAAUGUGAAUUACCGUGCCAAUAUUUAUGCCUUGAAACAAGAAGGAUGCAGCCACAUUCUGGUGACAACAGCCUGUGGUUCCCUCCAAGAAAACAUCCAUCCAGGAGAAAUUGUUGUAAUUGAUCAGUUCAUUGACAGAACCAAAAGACGUAUUGAAACAUUCUAUGAUGGCUCCCCAGAAGCUCCCAAGGGUAUAUGUCAUAUACCUAUGAAUGAACCUUUCUGCAAACGUACCAGAGAGAUCUUAAGCACCUGUCUUGAGGAUCUGGGUUUGAGUCACCACAAAUAUGGUACGAUGAUCACAAUUGAAGGACCACGUUUCUCCAGCAAGGCUGAAAGCAAGCUUUGGAGAAGCUGGGGAGCUCAUGUCAUCAACAUGAGCACAGUUCCAGAGGUAGUCCUUGCAAAGGAAGCGGGUUUAUGUUAUGCAUCACUUGCACUAGUGACAGAUUAUGAUAGCUGGAGGGAUGACACGGAGGCCGUGCAUGUAGAACUGGCUGUCAGCACAUUUAAAGAGAAUGCUGUUAAGGCAUGCAAAGUGCUGCUGGCAGCCAUACCUCACAUAGCUGAAGAAGACUGGACAGAUACUCUAGCUGAAAACAAGAAAAUUGUGGCAAGUUCCAUAAUGCUGUCACACUGACAUACAAUACAGUUUAUCAAGCAUCUUCAGUCAUCUGGUACAAAAAUCCUUGCAUCAUCACCAGUUCUUAUGCAAAGAAAAUGUAGAACUUGUUGGCAUAUAUUUAUAGUGCAUGUACAAUUUCAGUUUAUAUGGGUCUGUUAAUCAUAUCCUGCAAGUAAAUAAUUUUCUGAUAUGUUGGUAGUAUUACAUUUUUUGGACCAACAUUUAAAAAUUACUUAUACUUGUAAAAAUUGGCAAAAUCAACAGCCACUGGUUAAAAUUUAAAACAGUGAUGGUUAUAUUUCUGUGUACAUGCUGGUGGCAUGCACAAAUAAGACAAAAUACAAAAAUUUCAUUUGGCAGGUCAAAAAGGAUACUUUUCUUUUUAUAUAGACUUUUCAUAACUAUGUAAUUUUAGUGUUCUAUGGUACAUUUUUCAGGUAGAAGUGAAUAUCUUGCUAUUCAGUCAAGAUCGCUGAUCACAAUGCCUGUUCUUAUUGUCUUUUGGUUAAUAUAAAACUAUGUUAAUGUAUUACCAAAAGAUGCAGAAUGUCUUUUAUUUUUAAAUCUAGAAUUGUGGUUGUUGAAAAGUAUGCAAUGUUACCAAAAAACCCAAAACUUGAAAAGGUUUUUUCAGAAAAAUAUUUGCAAAUUUGUUCCGAAUUUUAAAUCUGCAUUUGGGUUACAUGUCCUGGGACCAGAAUGACACUACACUUUGUAACUAGCAUGAAGAGUUGAAUCAUGUUCGUUUUUUGGAAAUUGACCUAUGGACCAUAUAAGGCAUAGUAUUGAAGAAUGAGAUUGGUGAUCUGUCUUCUGAUGUAUGCAAAUAGAUGGCAUUUAAUCUUCAGAUAUAUGUAUAUAUCAUCUUAGCAGAUCAGACAAGCUCGCAAACCAGUAUCUUGAUAGUAAGGCUGUACACAGUCAAUGCCAAGUGCCAGAUGAGACCUUUUAAUCAUUAUAAUCUGUAAAUCACAUAAACUCUUAAUUCCAGUUGAAUAUCUGCUUGGAGAUUAUGGAAGAGAUAAAGAUCUUGGUUACACUGUAUUUGUAAAAUGUUUCAUCCUGCAAGUCACACCAAUCAUACUUAUGAGUAAAUGCUGGUUUGUUAGAUGUAUUGCUGCAUCAUGGCAUGUUGUGUAAGCUGUUUAUCAUACACAUAUUCAUUUGGCACUGACAAAAUGUCUUACUGCAAUAAAGUUACAGUGUUGAUGUCA